AUGUCUGUACCAAAUCAUCUUGCCAGCCAGCUGCUACAAUUAAAAAGUGACCAAGAGAUCGAGGAAAUCAUCAAAAGCCAAGAUGAAAGCUUGCAAGUAUACAAAGACACGCAACAAAAACUAGAGGCGUUUAAUAAAUUCAGUCAAGCACGUUAUCACAACAUUCACAAACAUUUCGAACUACACAUAAAGCUGCUGAAAGAAGUCAAGGGCGACUUGAACAAUGUCUUUGGCAAGCUGAGAAAAAUCAAACAGCAGUUAGCGUCAAAGUAUCCUGAUGAAAUGAAUCAGGUACUCAAGACAUAUCCACCACCUCGAGUCGAGGAAGAUGAUGAUGAUGAUGAUGAUGAUGAAACGUAA